AUGGCUGCCUCUGCUUCCGGCGAGCAAUUCAUGUCGCCGGUGGACAGGAACUGGAAGCCGCACCUCGAAAUCGCGCCGGACUGCCCGCGCUGUGCUUCUCCCAACACCAAAUUCUGCUACUACAACAACUACAGCCUCUCCCAGCCCCGCUACUUCUGCAAAGGAUGCCGCCGCUACUGGACCAAAGGCGGAUCCCUCCGCAACGUCCCCGUCGGCGGCGGAUGCCGCAAGACCCGCCGCUCCUCCAAGUCCUCCCGCUCCGCCGCCUCCCGCGCUCCUCCUCCCCCGCCGCUGGAAAACAAUCACGGCGGCGGCGACUCGUCUUCCUCAUCGACCUCGAAUAUUGACAUGGCAGUCGUUUUCGCCAACUUCUUGAACCCUGAUUUGGUGCCCAAGGUGGAGGCCGGGAGUUUGACUGAUCACUGCGGGGUGUCGAAUUCCAAUUCAAAUUCGCAAUCGAAUUCGAUUUCUUCUACUCCGGAGAGCGGCGAUCAGGAUGGGAUUCUGUUCCCGCCGGCUGCGGCAGGGGGAUCGUACGAGUUCUUCGACCUUUUCCGAGAAGACGGGUUUAUGGAGACGGCGGAAAUCGGCGGCGGAGCGGAGCAGAACCAGGAGAGCAUGUUGAAUGCACUUGGGUUGCAGUCAUUGUUGGGCGACGAGAUGGCGCAGCUGGAGGCGUCACUCUGGUCGACGAUGGCGGCGGGGAACGAUCCCGCCCGCGACGCGGCGGCGGCAUGGGAGCCGGCGCAGGAGCAGCAGGGGUUUGAAGAAGCAGGGGAUUUCGGGGUUGCCAACAAUUGGGGCUGUUACGAUCUGCAGCAGCUCCAGGGUAAUUUCGACAUUUCUCUUCAGUCCUUGGCUAAGCCUCCACCAAAUUACUAG